AUGGUGGUGAAUUCGGUGAACGAGAGAGGAAUGACCCCUCUUGAUGUUCUUACGGUAUUCCAAAGCGAAGCCGGUGAUUUAGAAAUUUAUAGAACCCUUGUGAAAGCAGGAGCUAAGAGUGGAAAGGACAUUCAGAAUGAGAAUGAAGCUGGUAGAAUAGAGCAACCUUUGGAAGUGGAGAUCGUUCACGAAACCCAUGUUCCUCCAAGGAACUGCACUGAUGAAAAAUCAAAUCUACCUAAAAGAACUUUUGAGGAGUUAUUUGCAUACAAACCUAACAGGGAUUCUACAAAUGAUGUGCGUACUAUACUGGUAACCGUAGCUGCACUUAUGAUGACAGCAACCUAUCAGGCUGUGCUUAGUCCCCCUGGAGGAGUUUGGACGGAAGACACACACCAAUACAGUGCUGGAAAAUCCAUCGUUGCUACAAAAUCAAAAACAACAUUUUUGUUGUUUAUUCUGGGCAACAGCAUUGGAUAUUUUACCUCUUUUCAUAUGAUCAUUUGGCUAACGUCUGGCUUUCCUGGGCAAUAUCUUUUGAUUUUGUUGUCAUUUUUCAUGUCAUUCAACUACAGUGCAUCCAUGCUUAACCUUGUACCAAGCGAUGACAGGAUUUCCUACAUGUUAGCAUUGUUGGAUUAG